AUGUCAGUUAAAAUCGAAGAAAUUUUAAUGAAAGUAAAGGUUGAUACCAGCGAAGGCGUCAACCGUUUGGGCUUAUUAGAAGAUGCUUAUUUGAAACUUUUGAAAGCUCAAAAAGAAGCUAAAACCUAUACAGAACAGCGUUCUGUAUUUGAUGCUAUGGGUAUCGUAAAAGAACAAAUAGAUAAGCAAAGAGAGGCUUUAGGCUUGCAAGGAUUAACACUGACUCAACUAAAAAGGCUACAGGCUGAAUACGCACAACAGUGGUCAAAAACCUAUACCGAAGGGUCAGAAAAGUGGAAAGAAGCUAGGCAAAAUUAUGAUUUAGUAGGCGAACGCAUAAAAGCAGUUACUAGGAAUACUAAAGAUUUAGAAAUACAAAACCUUGAAAUGUUAGAAGGAUUGAGAUUGAAUGCCCAACAAUUCGGCAUCGAAUCUUUAUCCGUUACUCAGCUUGAAAAGUUAUCGAAACAUUUAUACGAUACAAUGAUUAAAGGUGCUGGAGCAGGACAAAUUGAAAACCAUGCCCUCUAUCAAGAAUACCUGAAUAUCAAUCGUGUAAUGACAAGCACGAAAGAGAAAUUCAAUGCGGUAAAGGUUGUUGAAAAUGCCUAUAAUGAUGAACUGAAACAAACCGUAAAGGAAUUAGGCAUAGAAGCUUUGAGCCUUGACCGACUGAAAGAUUAUCAUAAUCUGCUUCAAAAAGAAAUUGGGCAAACCAUAAACCUUGAAGAUGCCCACGGUAGAAGUUUAGUAGAUAAUUAUCAGCGAGUUGGUAGUUUGAUAGAUAGCAAAAAGAAACAAAUAGAAGGUACUCAGCCAUUACUUUCUCAGAUAUUUGGCUCAAUCCCGACCGCCAUCGCUGGCGGUUUUGGUGGUGGUUUGGCUGCUUUGGGCUUGGAUAGUAUCGGUUCUAUACCUGCCAAAAUUGCAAACGUUACCCGUGCCGUUGGCGAGCUAGACGACGUUAAUUCUGAUUUAGAAAUUUCCCUCGGCAAAACCGAUGCCCAAGUAAAAGCCCUCAAUAGUGAUUUAGGCGAUAUUGAUACCCGAACAAAAGUAUCUGAACUGAAACAGCUCGCUAUUGUUGCGGGAGAUUUGAACGAAGUAGAUGUUGAAGGCUUUGUUGAACAAAUGGACAAAGCCCAAAUUGUUUUCAGUAGAGAUUUUUCUAAUGCUGAGGAAUUGGCUUCUACCUUCGGUUCAUUACUUGAGUUAUUUCCAGAAUCCCGUAAAAUGCCAAUCGUUGAGUUUGUAGAUGCCUAUGGUUCAGCCAUCAAAAAACUAAAUGACGAUGGGCCAGCGACGACGAAGGGAAUUAUAGAAUUUACUCAGCGGAUGGGGCAAUUACCCGAUGCAAUUAAACCUGCCGCCUCUGAAACCCUUGGUUUAGCAGCAAUUUUUGAAGAAGCAAAAUUGACUGCUGAAAUUUCGGCAGGUGGGCUUUCUAACGUAUUGCUUACAGCUUCGCAAAACUCUGCUUUGUUCGCCAAACAAUUGAAAAUGAGUAGGGCAGAGGUGAAAGAGUUAAUCAAUACUAAUCCCAACGAAUUCCUUAUCAAAUUAGGAGAAAGCUUUAAAGGUGCGAGCGGUACAGAGCUUUCGGAAAAAUUGAAAACGCUUAAAAUUAAUUCAAACGAACAAGUAAAGGUUAUUGGUGUAUUAACAGACAAUCUUGAUAAGCUAAAACAGAAACAAGAUUUAGCCAGUAAAUCAGUAGCAGAAGCCACUCGCCUUGACGAAGUAUUUAAUGAAAAAAAUACCAACAAAGCAGCUACCAUUGAAAAAGCUAGUAAGGUUUGGACUGGUUGGAUGAAUUCAUUAUCAAGCGGUUUGACGAAUGUAUUUAUUCCACUCUUAGAAAAUUUAGUUAGCUAUAAUGCUGAAAUAAAAGCUAUUAAUAGUAACAGUGAUGAGUUACAGAAAAAAACAGAUGUUACUAUCAAAAAGCUAACUCCGCUCGUAGCAAAAUAUGAGGAUUUAAAAGAACAGCAAAAUUUAAGUGCUAGACAACAGCGUGAAUUGAAUACGGUAAUGCAAGAUAUUAGUACUAUCGUGCCUACUGCUAUUACUCAGUAUGAUAAUUACGGGCGUGCUAUUUCAUUGAACAUAGGUAUUCUGAAAGAUUAUUUAGAACAACAAAAAAAGGUACAGGAUACUAUUAAAAAUAGUCGUUCUGAUGAAUUGCUCAAUCAAAUCAAAAACAGUAAAAAUACGAUUGAUGCCCUAAAGAAUGAUAUUGAAUAUACUAAAAAUCAUCCACAGGCAGGCACAGAGCGAUAUAAAGCACAUUUAAGGGAUUUGAAUAAACAAUUGCAAGGCGAGGUUUUUUCAAUACUUAAUGCAAAAAGACGUAUUAGAGAGUUGAACACUAUAGAGAAAAUUCAAGCCACUACUGAAGAAGAAGACCCUAAGAAAAAACACAUAGAAACAGAAGAAGAAAAAGCUGCAAGGUUAGCCAAAGAGGAAAAGCUUAGAAUAGAAGCCCAAAAGUUUAUCCAAGAAAACACCAAAAAGGAAAUAGACCUACGUUCAAAGCUUAUUUACGAAGCUGACGUAGCAUCUGUAAACGAAGAGCAAAAGAAAGUAUUAGAAGCCGAACGCCGUGCUGAAGAGAAUUUAAACAAAAUUCGUCAGCAGUUCACUGAUGAAAACGGGCUUGUCAUCGAACACGAUAAACAAAGCCUUCUACAGCGUAAUAGAAUUGCCACUGAAGAAACUGAAAUAGAGCGAACACUUCGUAAAGAAGUACUAGAUAUUCGUACUAAAUCGGCUCAGGAACGUGAAGCUCAGCUUAAAGAACAAAUACUUAAAACAAAAGAGUUAGCCGAUAAAGGAGCAAUGGAUGAGCUUAACGCUCAGUUAAACAUUGCCAACCGUAAAGGCAAAACUCAGGAAGCGUAUAUUCUUCAACGCCAAAUAAUCCAAACGCAAGGAUUAUUAACGCUGGACGGUAUCGAAAAACGCUAUCAGGAAGAAUUAAUAAAGCUAAAAGACAAUAAGGAAGCCCAAAAAUUACUAACUCAAAAUUACGAAACCGAAAAGCUUAACCAGAAAAAAGCCACAAAUUCCGCCCUUGAUGAACUUGAAGAACAGCAUAACCUAGCCACUAACCAGAGAAUCAGAAACACUGAGAUAGAACGCCAAAGGUUAGCCGUACAGAAAUUAGAAACUGAAGGCAAAAACCCACUUCAGGCACAGCUCGUACUGUUGAAUUCUGAAAUGCAACAGGAGCUGAACGUAGCUGGCAUUACAGAACAAGAGAAAGCAAACAUCCGUGAAAAGUACCGUCAGCAAGAAACGGCUCUAAUCCAUGCCCACAAUAUCCAACUUGGCGAAGCCAUCGUAAACGGAUAUGGGCAGGCAUUUGGUGCUAUUGCGGGACUGAUGCAAACAAAUCUGAAUAAUCGUGUUCAGAAAGAAUCAGAAUCGUAUCAAAAAAAUUUAGAAUCGUUAGAAAACGAAAAGAACAAAAAGCUUAUCACAGAUGCCGAAUAUACCAAGAAGAAGAAGGCUUUAGACGAUAAGCAUAAAGCUGAGGAACGCAAAUUCAAGAAAGAACAGUUUGAGAUUACCAGAGCGGAGAAUCUUUCACGAGCCACAAUGGAAACCGCUCUUUCCAUCCUAAGAGCCUCGCCAGACCCUAUCCGUAUGACAUUUGCGGGAAUAAUAGGAGGUGCGCAAAUUGCCAACAUUUUGGCUACUGAAGCCCCUGCCUAUGCCCAAGGCGGUAUGAUAGAAACAGGCGUAAAAGAUAAAGGUCCUGGCUUUUUGAUUCGUGUAAAUGAGAAAGGUAAAGAAUAUAUAGUACCAAACUGGCAGCUGCAAGACCCCGUGGUAGCUAACCUUGUAGAUUUUAUAGAUAAACGAAGAGUUAAUAAGGUAAGCGGUUUUGAAGAAGGAGGCUAUUCCUCAGCCCAGAAAGGUAGUUUUAUAGCAGGUUCAGAGAAAAUCAUCAACAGCCCGAACGAACUGAAGGCCCUAUUGGUGCAACUCAAUACCACACUGGAGCAACUGCCAUCUGCUAUCGAAAAAGCAAACUUGAUUAUUGAUUUCAAUAACGAACAUGCUUAUGAACUACAGAAGAAAUUGAACGAAAACCAACAAACGCAAAAAUCUGCUUUACAAUGA